AUGCGAGGCGAGGCUAACCGAGGCAGAACUCCGCAGUCUUUAGCGUGGCUUCGUCCUCACUCGGUCAAGGUCCUGCACCGAAAAGGCUCGCCCAUCGGCUCCAUCUGCGACGGUCCAUGGACAGCGCUAUACUUGGCCACGGGUCCAAGAUCAUCCGAUUUCACGAUCUUUCACUCCGUAUGUACCUGCACACGUGGUACCAGCGAGAGGACCACCUCCUACGCUCCGGAAACACCUACAAGUCAGCUUUUUGCACGCGUCACCGGUGUUUCGAAAAAUCGCACUUUCGCGCUGCAAGCGCCAGAUCCAUUUUUGGAUGUCCGAAUCGACUGUCACGACUACAACAACCAACGUUUCGACCUUUGGUCUGAACGUGAAUCUGACCGCUCUUUAGUCCCGGAAUCAGGAAGUCCUCGUGCAUUUAUAACAUACCGUGGCAACAUGUUGGUCUGGCCAACAGCAGAGCUCAGAUGUUCUCUGUGUCUUGAUGUCCUUGAAAUAUUUCUUUAUUCUGAAGCGCAGACCAGCGUGGAGUUAGGACAGCACAACUUUUGCAGGACCUGUUUAACACGGACGUGUGUACUUGUAUGCAUGGUCUAAUUUCAUUAUCCAUGACUUUAAAUACUGCGUAGCUCGAUCUUAGCACAGAAACAAAUGUAGCGCUUAAGAGGUUCUUUAUCUUCUUUCUUCUUUGUUUUUUUUUUUUUUUUUUUGUCCCGCACAUUAGCCGUGCGAAUUCCUAGGCAUCACGUCACCGGCAUUGAGUCUAGCACAGACAUACAGGAAAAAAAGGAGAGGGGGAUCGGGAGUAUGACAAGGACCAAGUAACACGAUCGCUGUCAGAGAAAUUUCUUUACAGACGCGUUCAUCUUCAAAACUAAUUGCUGCGUUUUCUUCACUGAUGCGGCGCUUUGCCAGACCGCUCGACUGGAAACUCCGGUGGUCAUUGGUCCCUUACAGCUCACCUUUGCACAAACCGGAUAGUACGCCGUUGUAUGUAUAUAAUGCAUUCGCAAACA